AUGGAGGUUGUGCUCGCAGCAGAGAGACAAGAAUGCCCGCUGGCCCAGAGUAACCUCGCUGCGCCUGUACCGCACAACUACUGCGGUGUCCUCGACCUGUGGAAGUUCGUCGCUUUAGCAGAGACAAAAGAAGAGCACGAAAAGGCUUGGGUGCGCCUAUGUGACAAGUUCAACGACCAGCAGGCCAUCCUUAUGUGUACCCCUACAAGACUACCGCAAUUUUGGGGUUCGGAUGACUUCCGGCACCGAGGCCAGCAAAACAAUGUUCAGAGUUACCUGCUCAAGGGGAUGAGCCAUUUGUACCCGCUGUUUGAGGCCUUCGAGGCCACGCUGAAUAAUCAAGAGCGAGACUUCAUCGAUGCCUGUUCGCAGGAUGAGGUACUAACUUCUCGUACACAUUCUGGCCCCGGCUCAGAGUAUCUGGGAGAACUUCGCACGGUGAUGUCUGAUCCGGGGCUCAAGCUUGUUGCCAAAGAACAUCGGCGUGCUUUGAGAUCGACACCAAGCAAGUCACGUCCUUGGCCGGAGACGGUAGGGGAUUGCAACGAGGAUUGUUCCGUCUUCAUUGCAGCUGGGGAUACCGUGCUACCAUACAAUUUACAGGAAAUUAGAAGCAGGAACGACCUUGACGAAAUGGGACGUUCACCCUCGGUGGCAUCUUAG